GUUCAGCAGUAUAUGAACAUCCAUCACUUUGAGCAACUUAUGAUCACUUUUCGAGAGGCCGAGAUGGAAGAUGGAGAAAGUGGUUUCGAUAUUAAGCAGGCAUGGGCGCUGGAUUCCAAAACUAUGGACAUGCACAGCUCGAACGGAUGCUCGCCCUCAUAUUUUCGAGAGGUGUUCGGCAAGGUACUUGGCGGCAAUUUGAGUCAUGAUCAAAUGACGAUGCUCUUUAUGAAAAUCGACGCCAAUUCCGAUGGUACUGUCGAUUGGGACGAAUUCUCGACCUAUAUGAUGAGUGCCGGCCAGGGUGCCCUCGGGAUCGAUGAGAAUGCUGGCAUUUUCGACGACCGUACCCGAAGGCAAAUCAACACUCCAAACAAAGACAUGAUCAAGAGGAUCGACUACAUUGCGAAGGAAAGAAAGUAUAUCACUGUUAGCCGAGACGGGGCUAUAUGUUUGUGGUCACCAAAACUCAAGCUGCAGAAAACGAUUUACAUCAAGGACUUCACUCCGGGCAUGUCGUGGAUCGCUGAUGCCGUGUAUAUGCAAGAUCACAACAAGUUGGUUAUUAUCACCGAUGAUAGGCAGCUCUAUAUCUACGAGGUGCUUUCGAUCAAACCCCGAAUCGUCGUGACCAUAUCGCAACUCGAGUACAAUCCGCUAUGCAUUUCUUAUGCGGGUCACUACGAUGAGGACACUGAUCUGAUUCUGUUUGGAGAUGACGGCGGAUACGUCAACAUCUUGACCAUCACACGACGCUUUCUGGUUGACUGUGCCAGUGAUGGCGAGCUAAGUGAGCCGUGGACCUUGUCCAAACUCUCCAAGAAGGACAGCCUCAAGCGAAACAACGUGUCGUUUUUCCAUCGAAAAGUUCAUAAUGAUUGGGUCCUCAAGGUGCAGUACUAUCAAGAAAUGAAUGCCUUCGUUUCUUGCACAUCAGAGCCGACAAAAUCUCUCGUCAUCGGUGACCUCGAGCGCAAAACAGCGAGAUACAUUCAUGUACCCAAAGGAAUCAAGUGCUUUGACUUUUGUCGACGUCCAAGCUUUCUGGUCACCGGUGGUCGAGACAAGAUUGUUCGACUAUGGAAUCCAUAUGUUCUGUCCAAGCCCGCUGGAAGUCUCUAUGGACACAAUGCAGCAAUCGUCAACAUCAUCGUCAAUCACGAGAACAGCCAUGUUUUGAGCCUUUCUGAGGAUAAAGUCGUCAAAAUAUGGAACGCACGCAACCUUAACUGUCUCCAAACUCUGACGGACAAGCUUUGGCACCGGCCUGAGAACAUCAUCUCUGCAAUUUACUUUGACCAACACAAUCACCAACUCUUGACAGGGAGCAAUCGACUCGAAAUUUGGCCACAACUAUACAAAAACCUCAAACAAUCCGCCGCUCGGAGUCACGAUGCACCUGUUGUGGGUGGCAUGUUCAACGAAAAUUUUCACCAGGUUGUGAGCGCCUGUCAGCUUGGAACUGUGAGCAUCUGGGAUCUCGGGACAGGAGAGAAAAUCUUCCAAUUCAAUAAUGCCCAUGGGAAACUAGAGAUUACUUGUAUGUGCUUUGAUCGAAGUCGUCGUCGACUCAUCACCGGUAGCCGAGAUGGGAUCAUCAAGAUGUGGAACUUCAACAACGGCCAGAUCUUAAGGAAAAUGGUCAAGGAUAAUACCAUGGAGGCAACAGAUGGGGCAAACAAGUACAUCAUUACCGUAGGCUGGGAUCGUAAGAUCACCAUCUUUCUCGACGACUCAAGCCAUUUCGAAGCCCGUCCAGUCCGAGUGCUGAACGGCAUUGGAUCUGGCGCACAAAGAGGACACGAGGACGACAUCUCCUCGGUUGCGUUUUGUCCACCCAACAGUUUAGCAACUGGAAGCAUGGACGGCGUCAUUGUCGUCUGGAAUCUGGAGUCGGGCUAUAUCAAGGUUGUGAUGCGUGAGCCGUUCCUCGAGCUGCGGAGCACAGAGGAGAGGGCUGUCGAAAAGAUCAUGUUUCUCGUCAAUCUCGACGACGAAUCGGAAAAGUCCAAGGCGCCCUUAGUCUCGUGCCACUCUGAUGGCUGUCUCAGAUUCUGGGAUGCACUGGAGGGUAAAAUGAUUUGCGAAAUGAAUUGCCAAUCGUACGAGAACGAAGGAUUGACGUCCAUGGCUCUCAACCCCGAAGUGACAAUCCUCUUCGUUGGUGGGUCAUUUGGACAUGUCCGGAUCUUUGAUAUCAAACUGGCUCACUUUGAAGCAAAACGUAGCCAUAGCAGCGGAUGCGUACUCCGAAAGGAAUGGCGAGCACAUGUGCAGACAAUAACGGGCGUCAACUAUGUCAACACCCAGGAUGUUGUACUGACGUCGUCCAAGGAUUGCACCAUCCGGGCCUGGACCUUGCAAGGGGUACAUAUCGGCAUUUUCGGCCAGGAUCAGCCUUGGGAUCUAUCGGACCCCGCAACCUACAUGAGCGCACCCACCGAUACGACUCACGAGACUCAGCUGGAAGAACAGCGCAAGGAGAUGAUGAGCAGACAAAAGGAGUUGCUGAAGAAGAAUGUAAUCGAAACGUGGCGAGAGCUGGCUCACAGAGAGUUCACCUCGGAUGAAGAGGACAAGCUGUUCCUGGAGCGACUUAAGCGACUCCGGUCAAAAGCCAUACAAACUCAUGUCACCAAGAAAUGGAAAGAGUAUUGCAUACGGCGACGGAAUGCGCAAGACUGGAUGAUCACCGACGACCUCCGCGAUGUGCAAUACCUGAAGCAAUCGUUCUUCAAAUUUGACUCGGGAAGGCGACACCGACACGGCCGGUUGAACAUCAACGCCAAGCACGAUUCUGUCUAUCAUAUGAUAGAAUGCCAUCCUCUGGACGAUAUACCCAAUUGUCCGAUGCCGGGAAUCAAGCCCAAGGCAACCAAAGCACACGAUGCAUCCAAGCAAGCAAACGCCCAGGCGCUGAGACGAGAGCGCACGCAAGUUACAAGACAGGCGUAGAUAUUGUGAUCGCUACGUACUGGCGAUACAGUGGCACCACGGUCAAGAUCUGAGGACCGGUUGGCGCCGCAGUGUGCGCGGAUGAGCAUGGUGUGGAAUAUAUGACACUGACAAAUGC